GAUCAGAGCGCAUCGGCAGGCGGGUGGGAUGAGGAAGCAGCCAAAAGGGGACGACGCCAGGAAGCCGAGCGAGCGGUCCCGGGGCCCAGCCUUGUCGCGGCAUCUCUCGAGAAGCCUUGUUUCCCUGCACCAAACAUGGCUCUAAAGACCCUCCAGGGCUCUGCUCUGAGCUCCCCAGAGCAAGGGGAUGUUUCCGUGGUCCUUGUGGGAAAAUCCGGGGUGGGAAAAUCGGCCCUCCUCAAUGCCUUGCGUGGGAUGACCGAAAAUGAUGUCGGAUGUGCCCCGUUGGAUGCCCCACCUAAAUCCGGGGGCCCUGUCAUGUACCCCGACCCAUCCCUUCCCAAUUUACUGAUAUGGGAACUAGCUCUGGAUUGUGAGGGGCAGGCCGACCGGUGGCUGAAGGAGGCUGAUGUUUUUGUCGUGGCGACAGACGGCAAGUUUGACGAGACUCAUGCCCACCUGGCCGGGGAGGCCCGGGCAGCUGGCAAGAAGGUCUAUUUUGCCCGCACCAAGGCUGAUUUGGAUCUUCAUACCCUCAAGCGGUUGAUGGGGGAGCUCUACAACCGGCCCGAGGCCCUGCAGGCCCUGCGGGGUGUCUGUGCUGAGUCGCUGGGGGCCCACGGUCUCGGGGAGCCCUUUGUCUUCCUGAUCUCUGCUUUUGAACCCUACGCCCUGGACUGCCCCCAGCUGCGAAAAGUGUUGCUGGAGGAUGUCCACACGUAUGAGAGGUAAGUCAGACCCCUUUGCCCCCACUACGAGGUGAUCAGCGAGCAGGAGAUUGCAGAGAUCCAGGAGGCCUAUGAACUGGGAGGCCUCUCGGAAGUGGUGACCCGCAUUCAGUGCAGCCUGGAGACCCUCUGGAACGCCCAUCUUGACAUUGGCAUCACAGGGGAGUCGGGCGCUGGGAAAUCCACCUUUGUCAACGCCUUGAGGGGUGUGGGCGAUGAGGAGGAGGGAGCCGCGGAGACGGGUGUGACGGAGACCACUGCCCAGCCUACGCCAUAUCCUUACCCCGACCACCCCAACGUCAUCCUGUGGGAUCUCCCUGGCAUUGGCACGCCCAACUUCCAGGCUGAACGCUACCUAGAAGCGGUGGAGUUUUCUCGCUACGACUUCUUCAUCAUCCUGGCCUCGGAGAGGUUUAAGGAGAACCACGUCCGUUUGGCCAAGGCCAUUGUCAAAGAAGGCAAGCGUUUCUAUUUCGUGCGCACCAAGCUGGACAACGACCUGGAGUCCAUGCGGAGGCGGAAGAACCCUCCAGCCGAAGAGGAAGUCUUGGAGGAGAUCCGGACUGACUGCCGGGAGAAGCUCGCCAAGGCUGGGCUGGCAGACACCAAGGUUUUUUUGCUGAGCAGCUUUGAGAUCGACAAGUUUGACUUCCAAGUUUUUGAGGAAACCCUGGAGCAAGAACUUCCGAGCCACAAGCGCCACGCCUUCCUGCUGUCGCUGCCCAACCUCUCCUCGGUCAUCAUUGACAAGAAGAGGCAGCUCCUUCACCAGGAGGUUUGGAAGGUAGCUCUGAUCUCCAGCUUGGUGGCCGCCGUCCCUUUGCCGGGCCUGGCCUUCACCUGCGACGUCUCCAUUUUGCUGAGGAAGCUGUCCACUUACCGGCAGGACUUUGGCCUCGACGCAGCGUCCUUGACCCGUCUGGCCGAACGGUCAGGGAAACCGCUGGAGGUCCUGAGGGCUGAAGUCCACAGCACUCUAGGCCGGAGCAUCAACAGGGAUGUGGUCAUUGGGUUGCUGGGGAAGGCCACUGGGACAGGCUUGGUGGUGGCCAAUUUCUUCAUCCACCGGAUCCCAAUUUACGGAGCCCUGGCUUCCGGCGGGAUUUCCUUCCACACCACUUACUACAUGUUGAGCCAGUGCUUGGAAGAGCUGGCCAAUGACUCCCAAAGGGUCCUCAUGAAGGCCUUUGAAAGCGAAGUCUGAGGCAGCUGGAACAAGGCAGCAGUCCCUAGGCGCCUCUGUGACUCUUCCUCAGAUGCCUUAGCACUGUUAAGUUCCCGCUUUAGCUUCAUCAUGGCUGAUCUUGUUGAUGUUUAUGGAGUCAUGGGACCAUGGUCUUGUUUUGGAACCUGGUUUUGACGAACGGGAGUCGCAUGAGGCCGCCACCCCCCAUUGGAACGAGAGCAAGAUUUAGACGAGCAAUUUCUGUGCAGUGUCCCAGAAGGCUCCACAGUUCCCUGUUACUCAGGGGCGGCCAACCCCUCCAGAUGUUGCUGAACCCAUCGCCCCUGCAUGUAAGCCAGGGUUUCCCAAACUUGGGUCUCCUGCUGUUUUUGGACUACAACACCCAUCAUCCCUUGCCAGCAGGACCAGUGGUCA